GACGGCGACAAGUGCCGGCCGGCGGCCUAUAAGGCCGCGCCGCGCGCGCCCCCAGUUUCUCGAUCGGAGACGCAGGGCAGUUUGGGCUGGAGCAGCCACUGAGGAUCGAUUGAUCGAGCGAGGGAGCGGGAGAAGCGCGGACAGCCAGCCGGUCGGCGGCAGAGACAGGGACGACGAUGGCGGCUUCCGGGCUCGCGCUUGCCGCGGCGGCGGUGCUGGCGGCGGCGGCGCUGCCGCUGCUCGCGGCCGGCGCCUACGCGGACUGCUACGACUUCUGCUUCAAGGACUGCAUCUCCAAGGACAAGUCCAUGAGGGACUACUGCAGCUACGCCUGCGACAAGACCUGCGCGCCCGACGGCCGCCGCCCCGCGCAGGCGGCGGCCGCCGGCGACCUCGCCACCGCAUGCCACAUCGGCUGCGUCAGGGGGUCCUGCCACGGCGCCCGUGCGGGCGGCAAGGACACGGUGGCCUGCUACGGCCAGUGCUACGACAGGUGCAACACCGGCGGCCUACCGAGGCCUCUCCGUGCGGGCGCAGGCGUCGUCCGGCCGGCGGCGUUGCCAGGCAGCCCCUUCCACGAGAAGCAGGACGGCCCCUUCCACGUGAAGCAGGACGGCAUCGGGCCGGCGGCAUUGCCCGGCAGCCCCUUCCACAAGAAGCAGGACAGCGUCGUGCCGGCGGCGUUGCCCGGCAGCCCCUUCCACGAGAAGCAGGACGGAGUCGGGCCGGCGACGUUGCCCGGCAGCCCCUUCCACGAGAAGCAGGACGGAGUCGUGACGGCGACGUUGCCCGGCAGCCCCUUCCACGAGAAGCAGGACGGCGUCGUGCCGGCGGCCUUGCCCGGCAGCCCCUUCCACGAGAAACAGGACGGCGUCGGGCCGGCGGCGCUGCCGGAUCCAGACGAUGUCAGCCAUCAAGCAUGGGGCGCCGUCCUCCCCUGAUCGUCGCCGGCGAGCGACGCCACUCCGCCGCCUACGCCGAAUGCCGCACAUGUGUGCUCGUGCCGCCGUACGUUACUAGACAAAAAAAAAAGUGAUGUGCAAUGCUGAUGUAUAUUAUUCCUGCUGAGUAAAGUGUUGUCGACUGAAGAGACUGAUUAUUCGUCAGGGUAUAAGUUCACCGUUUAUGCAAUAUUAACGGAUUUCCGGUGUAAA